CAACUAUUCACUGAUUGUCGCGACGUCAGAAUUAUAGCCGGUCAAUUGGUCCAGAGGCGGCGCCUCCUCCUCCUCUUUGCAAUAUUGAUUUGGCGCGCAGCUCAUCCAAUCGCCGGUCGUUUUGCUGAAAGGAAAGAAGACCAGUCAAUCUCCAACGGCGGCAAUCCGGAGGUUCUAUACUCAUUCUAGCGGUUCUGCAGCUGAUCUGAGAAAAUCAUACCUAUUUUAGUCGUGAAGGAGCAGCCUUCGCGACAAAGCAGCGAAGCGAACCCGAGGGAGCAGAUCCGGGGGCUUCGUUACGGUAAGUGGUGCUGAAAUCCUCGCGAGGAAAGACGAGCCUUACCUUGGUUUGAUCAAUUUAUGUCAGGCACUAUGGCCUUAGCUGCUUUAAACGUAGUAAAUGCAACCUUAAAUUGGGUCACAGCUGCUUUAGAUGUUCCUUCUGCUCGAGCUGUUGUAUUUGGUGUGCACAUUGGAGGACACUUAUUUGUGGAGGGCCUUCUUUUAGUUGUCAUCCUUUUCCUGCUUUCCCAGAAAAGUUACAAGCCUCCUAAGCGACCCUUAACAAAGAAGGAAAUAGAUGAAUUGUGUGAAGAAUGGGUUCCAGAAUCUCUGAUUCCUCCUAUUACAGAAGAAAUGCAGAGAGAACCCCUUGUGUUGGAAAGUGCUGCAGGACCCCAUACAAUAAUCAACAGCAAAGAAGUUGUCAACUUUGCUUCAGCAAACUAUCUUGGGUUUAUAGGACAUGAGCAGUUACUUAAUUCAUGCACUUCUGCUUUGGAGAAAUAUGGUGUUGGUUCUUGUGGUCCUCGUGGAUUCUAUGGAACAAUUGAUGUCCACCUUGACUGUGAGGCUAGAAUAGCAAAGUUUUUGGGGACACCUGAUUCCAUCCUCUAUUCUUAUGGACUUUCCACCAUGUUCAGUGCAAUUCCAUGUUUUUCCAAGAAGGGUGACAUAAUUGUUGUGGAUGAGGGAGUCCACUGGGGAAUACAAAAUGGCCUCUACCUUUCUAGAAGCACUGUUGUCUACUUUAAACACAAUGAUAUGGAAUCUCUACAAAACACUCUUGAGAAAAUUACUUCAGAGAAUAAACGCAUAAAAAAAGUGCGGCGCUACAUUGUGGCUGAAGCAGUGUAUCAGAAUUCUGGUCAAAUAGCUCCUUUGGACGAGAUCAUCAAAUUGAAAGAGAAAUAUCGUUUCCGUGUUUUAUUGGAUGAGAGUAACUCAUUUGGUGUACUUGGCAGUUCGGGAAGAGGUCUCACUGAAUACUGUGGUGUUCCGGUUGAGAAGGUAGACCUCAUAACUGCCUCUAUGGGACAUGCUUUAGCAACAGAGGGCGGAUUCUGCACUGGAAGUGCAAGAUUCAUUGAUCACCAACGACUGAGCAGCUCAGGGUAUGUCUUUUCUGCUUCUCUGCCUCCAUAUCUUGCAAGUGCUGCAAUUACUGCCAUUGAUGUUCUAGAGAAAAACCCUGAUCUGAUAUCAAAGCUGAAGGAGAACAUAGCAAAGUUGUGGACAGGACUGUCAGAUAUCCAGGGGCUGUCAAUAGCAAGCACCCCAGAAUCACCUAUUGUUUAUCUUAGACUAGAAACAUCCACUGGUUCAGUAAAAGAUGAUCUUAAGCUCCUUGAGGAUAUUGCUGAUCAUGCCUUGAAGGAAGACUCAGUAUUUGUAGUGGUUUCAAAAAGAUCAACACUAGAUAAAUGUCGUCUACCCAUUGGUAUCAGAUUGUUUGUUUCUGCUGCCCAUUCAGAAUCCGAUUUGUUGAAGGCAUGUGAAUCAUUAAAACGAGCUGCAAAGAUAGUACUUGUGAAUCAUAUAUGAUCUAUAUACCUGCCUGUCUGAAUUUUCCACGGGGUGGAGCAUGGCAGCAGCCAAUGCGGUGUCCGUGAACUGCUGAAGAGUGAUGUACCAGUGGAGCCAGGGUAAUAGCUUAGCGCUGCAUGGCGAUCUCCAUGCGGUCUCAUGCAGGACCAAAUUUAUUUUCCAGUGUCAUGUGAACAUUUUUGGGUAGCAGACCUAAGAAUCAGCACCUUAUCUUUUGCAAGCAUUAGUCUUGACCCCUGUUUGGUACUUUUCUUGAGAAAAUUUUUAAUUAUUUU